AAAAAAUAAAAAAAAGAAAAAAGAAAAAAGAAACCUGAGCUCGCUGCCAUAACAUAAUAACAAGCUCCAUUUGGAUCUAAAAGCACAAAGACACUUCUUUUCUAGGGUUUGAGUGGAAGAAUCAGUUUCAAUUUCUUAACAAAAUGGCGAUGGCUGCUUUGAGACGCGAAGGGAGGCGAUUCGCCUCUCCUCUCAUCUCUCAUCAACCGAUCACCGCCGCCGUCAGAUCCUCUCUUCUCGCUGCUGCUGAGGAGCAGGCCCCUUUUGGUGUGCGUUCAAUUUCUACUCAAGUUGUCAGAAAUCGUAUGAAGAGUAUCAAGAAUAUUCAGAAAAUUACCAAGGCUAUGAAGAUGGUUGCAGCCUCAAAGUUACGAGCAAUUCAAACCAGAGCAGAAAAUUCUCGUGGACUGUGGCAGCCAUUUACUGCACUUCUCGGCGAUGCUCCUAGUGUUGAUGUUAAGAAGAAUGUAAUUGUUACUAUUUCUUCGGACAAAGGUCUUUGUGGAGGAAUUAACUCCACAUCAGUCAAGACAAGCAGGGCUCUUCACAAGUUGACUUCUGGUCCUGAGAAAGAAACAAAAUAUGUCAUCUUAGGAGAAAAGGCAAAAGCCCAACUGAUCCGUGACUCAAAGAAAGACAUUGAACUAUGCAUCACUGAAUUGCAGAAGAAUCCUUUAAAUUAUACCCAGGUCUCUGUUCUAGCAGAUGACAUCUUAAAGAAUGUUGAAUUUGAGGCUCUCAGGGUUGUCUUCAACAAGUUCCAGUCAGUUGUUUCAUUUCUUCCAACCAUGUCAACUGUAUUAUCUCCUGAGGUUAUGGAGAGAGAAGCUGAAUCUGGUGGAAAACUUGGAGAUCUUGACUCUUAUGAGAUUGAAGGUGGUGAAACAAAGGGUGAAAUUCUCCAGAAUCUUGCUGAGUUCCAGUUUUCUUGUGUCCUGUUCAAUGCUGUACUGGAGAAUGCUUGCAGUGAACAAGGAGCAAGGAUGUCUGCUAUGGACAGCUCCAGCAGAAAUGCUGGCGAGAUGCUUGAUCGCCUGACACUUACCUACAACAGAACUCGUCAAGCAUCUAUCACCACUGAGUUGAUUGAAAUUAUUUCUGGAGCAUCCGCACUGGAGGGUUAAUUUCUUAAAGUGAGGCUAAGGUAUCUGACGGUGACGAAAUAAGAUGCAAAGGUUUUCUUGAACUUUAUUGCAAUCUUUUGAGGAUUUUUUCUGUUGCGAGCUACUCCAAUAAUCCUCCCCAGCGCUGUACUUCAUUUCUGGGAAUUGAGAACAUAUCUUUGAUGGUUACAGUUGAUUUUCAAUAGUUUACCUUACUGCCCCAAUCCUUUCAAAUUGAAAGCUAAAUGACUGGUUUGAAAGUUGAGAAUUCAUGUAAAUUGUUUUUAUUCAUUCCUAUAAUUCCUUUUC